CCACUCUCGUUCCAUUGCCAAACACGAUCUCACCACAGGAGUCCAGAGCACAGUAGUACAUCCCUGCAUGGGGAGAACUCAAAGACAAGACAAAGGCUGGGCGCCGUGUGAUACAGACACACAACAUCACAGCGAUUCAUCAGACCCUGACACGCACAGUGAAAAGACCUUGCCACAGAGUAGUAACCACAAAUUACCCGGCUAAACCUCAGCUUCCUUCAGGACUGAAAACAAGUGAUCACAUCAGCGUGAAGCAAAUAACCAAGUCAAAGUUCAACAUCACGACGCGUGCCUUUAAAGAUGAUGGUCUGUCCUGUCAGCCCAACUCCAAAUAUCAGCAUUCAUCCACCAUUAAACCAAGCAGGAAAUAUGAGCUCUUUGAGCAUAUUCACCAUCACCCUCCACGGCUUGUUCUCCUCCAUCGGCAUCCUAGAAAACCUCCUCAUCGUGGGGGUAGUGGGCUUCCAUGUCCGCCGCUCUGUCAUUAGCAUCUGGAUCCUGAACCUCGCAGCCUCAGACCUGUUGGCCACUGCCUCCCUGCCCUUCUUCACCCUCUACAUGGCCCGCGGAAAUACCUGGACCUUGGGCUCAACCUUCUGCCGCAUCCAUUCCUCCAUCUUCUUUCUCAACAUGUUUGUCAGUGGCUUCCUGCUAGCGGCCAUUUCUAUGGACCGCUGCCUGGUGGUGCUAAGACCCGUCUGGGCCCAGAACUACAGGAAUGUCCAACUAGUGGGGAGGAUAUGUGGGGUGAUCUGGGCCUUGGCCGUGGUCUUCACCAUCCCCUUCUACAUAUUCCGUGACACCAUUCAUCUAUCUAACGGCAAGAUCCUCUGUUACUACAAUUAUGCUCGACUCCUCCCUGCUGAACCAUUUGACCUGAAAUCUUUAUGCAAACAGCGCAAAGAGGUCUUAGCCUUCUUGAAACUCUUUCUGUCCUUCCUAAUCCCUCUAGUGAUUAUCAUUGUCAGCUAUGCCGCCGUCAACACCGGCUUGGCACGUAGAGGAAAUCGGCGCCCAUUCCGUUUCGUUCGGCUUGUAGUGGCCGUGGUGGUGAGUUUUGUUCUCUGCUGGGCUCCAUACCACUUAUUAAUGAUCAUAGAGGUGACAGCUCCCAAGGGGCAUCAUGCCGGAAAAUUGGCAACCAAAUUCCUCCCGAUCGCAGCAACCAUUGGCUUCCUAAACAGUGUCCUUAACCCCAUUCUGUACGUGUUCAGCUGCCCUGACCUGUGCAAGAAGAUCAGACAUUCUCUGGGUGCAGUGAUGGAGGGUGUCCUGGCUGAGGAUUUGGCUGAGUUUGCCCGCCGCCGCAGCACCGCUCAAAACUCUCUCUCAACCACCGAGAUGGUGUUGAAGCGCAAGAAUACAAUUACAACCUUUAGUCUGAAAGGAGAGGAGGAGAAUACUGAAAGUCUUACUAACCCUGAUGAGGAUUGAACAAAAACUUACUGCAAUAAUGGCCAGGCUUUUGUUUGCUUCUUGGCCUAUUAUCAGUACAUUCAAGUGUCCAACACUUGACUCCUGCAGCUUCCUGUAGGUCUAUUUUAAAGAAGCCAUAGUGACAAAUGAUUAAUUACAUUUGUGUUCAUCCUCACAAUGACGGGUCCACAGGGCUGCUCUGAAAAGUGUCUAUUAAGGGUGAUUAAAGUUAUGCAGGUAGGGUUAUGGUUAACUCUUACACCUUUAAUUACAUGUUAUUGAUGGAAAGAUCCCCUCAACUAGGUUUUGUGGUAAAUUAAAUGUCUCAAAAUUGCUUCAAAUUGUUUUCUUUUUUAAGUGAUAUAACUUUAGUAAUUUUGGUCAUAAUCCCACAAGCAUUCAACAAGUUACUUGGCAUUUCUUUGCAGUUUAUACUCAAAGCCAACAAAUGAAUGGCAACUGCUAUAAAGAUUGUGUAGAAUUCUGCAGGCUUUUUUGAUUUUUACUUUUAUGCUUGGUAGAUGUGUACAUCUAGGUAAAUGGCCCAUAAAUGACUGCUUCUUCUUAGUUUCUUGCUUUUUUACAUAAAGUCAAUCCACUUUUUUUUGCCAUUUCUGCUUUUGUUAGACAAUUAUACAUUUGAAUGAUUGUAAGAAUUUCAAUUUUUGAAACGUCUAAAUGUAUGAAUUUUGCAACAUUUCUAAAUAUUAACAAUUAAAAUAAACACUCUGCUGUGUCAUUUCCCUUCCAUUUGCAUCCUGUAGCUACUGUCAAGCUUGUGUUUCUUCAGAGAUUCACACCUGUUCUAUUUUCAGACUUUAUAGUAAACACGUGACUGAACCUUUUGUACAUGUUUCAAUUGUAACAUUACAGUAAAAUAAUAUAGUUUCAUUGUGAAUUGAUUGAAAUGUUUCCAUACAAAAAAGAGGAAUACAAUUUAGUAAAAAGAGGGAUCUUCUUUUGGCUGUAUAAUCUGAUGCUAUGUCAGGUACGCAUGAAAUAAAAAGUUGUAAAUCUUUCACCUUA